AUGUCUUCCACAGCUCUCCCCAAGCGCGUUGCGCUGCACCGCAAUGCUACGGAUUCGUCCGUUCCCAGCUCGGUCACCCCCUCCCCGCUGGACAGCCCUCGCCAGUCCCCUUCGUCCACUUCCCUCUCGUCGUUGGCGUCGGAGGCAGAGGCCAGCGGCAAGAUGCUGGACACCUAUGGCAACGAGUUCAAGAUCCCGGAUUAUACCAUCAAGCAGAUCCGUGAUGCCAUUCCCGCUCAUUGCUAUGAGCGCAAAGCUCUCACCAGCUUGUAUUAUGUCUUCCGGGAUGUCUUCUGGCUCGCGACCAUCUUCUAUGUCUUCCACAACUACGUGACCCCUGAGACCGUCCCUUACAAGCCCGCAAGAGUCGUGCUGUGGGCUCUUUACACCAUCGUGCAGGGUCUGUUCGGUACCGGUGUCUGGGUUUUGGCUCACGAGUGCGGUCACCAGGCUUUCUCUCCCUCCAAGGUUCUCAACGACACUGUUGGUUGGAUCUGCCACUCCGCUCUUCUGGUGCCCUACUUCUCCUGGAAGAUCUCCCACGGAAAGCACCACAAGGCCACUGGUAACAUUGCCCGCGACAUGGUGUUCGUGCCCAAGACCCGCGAGCAGUAUGCCUCUCGCGUCGGCAAGGCUCUGCACGAACUCAAUGAGUUGAUGGAGGAAACCCCCAUCGCCACUGCCUCCAACCUCCUUCUCCAGCAGCUCUUCGGUUGGCCCAUGUACCUGCUCACCAACGUCACUGGCCACAACAACCACGAACGUCAACCUGAGGGUCGUGGAAAGGGCAAGCAGAACGGCUACUUCGGCGGUGUCAAUCACUUCAACCCGUCUAGCCCUCUGUACGAAGCCAAGGAUGCUAAGCUCAUUGUCCUGAGUGACAUCGGUCUCGCCAUUGUCGGAAGCAUUCUGUACUUGGUCGGCUCCAAGUUCGGCUGGAUGAACCUUUUGGUUUGGUACGGUAUCCCCUACCUCUGGGUGAACCACUGGCUGGUCGCCAUCACCUACCUCCAGCACACCGACCCCACCCUCCCCCACUACCAGCCUGAUGUCUGGAACUUCGCCCGUGGUGCCGCUGCCACCAUCGACCGUGACUUCGGCUUCGUCGGCCGUCACAUCUUCCACGGUAUCAUCGAGACCCACGUUCUCCACCACUAUGUCAGCACCAUCCCCUUUUACAACGCCGAUGAGGCCAGCGAGGCCAUCAAGAAGGUCAUGGGAUCGCACUACCGGACCGAGGCCCACACUGGCUGGACCGGAUUCUUCAAGGCUCUCUGGACUAGUGCCCGUGUGUGCCACUGGGUUGAGCCCACCGAGGGUGCCAAGGGUGAGAGCUCCGGAGUGCUCUUCUACCGUAACACGAACGGCAUUGGAGUUCCUCCUGCCAAGCUUGAAAAAUAG